AUGUUUAUUAUAUAAAAAAGCAUUAUCUACAUUAGCAAUUCUAUAAAUUAAUCAAUUAGAGAGAAUCACACUCCACUUGAAGCUCUGGAUUAUAUAAUCCGCUAUUACAUCUGACGGAAGAAUGAAAAGUUCAUUUUGGUAUAUGUAAGAACCCAUUUGCAAACAAAUGACCGAGUGGUAUAUGAAAAAUUCUUGGUGAUAAAAUUGCUCAUAAAUCAAAGCCAAUUCCCCUAAAUUGAUUUAGAUUGCUCUAACUCUUUAUUUAAUUGCUAGUAUCCAUUCAUGAGAUUCCU